AUGGUUUGUCCCGUUGCCAAGGCUCCCUGCGGCCUCGGCAACUGCGUUCUGCGCUCGGCUGAUAAGCGCAUCCCUGGAGCAGAAAGCUGUCCCCUGGCCACAGGCAGUGCUAACCUGGCAUUUUCAAGAACCGCGCCAGUAUGUGAAGACAGGAUCGGGCAGGCAACUCUACAGCCCGCAGGAAUAUCAGAUCGUGGAGUCAGCAUCCCCGACCUUUGAAAACGGUCUGGCUAAACAACACAGCGAGUGCAGAUACUACUGAACCCACAGAGCCGCGGAGGAGCGAAUCCAAGGAACGGGGAUUACUGAUCCGGGCUUCCGCUACUGAAAACGGGGUUCGAAAAACACAAUUUCUCACACGGACGCUGUGUUCUCCGUCUAGACUAGUAGACAGUGCUGCUGUGUUAACAUACAGUCACCCACCGUCCUGCUCAUAUGGGGAGCCCGGCAUACACACACUUGUUGAGUACAGAAAACUGUGUCCCUGCGCGGUAACAUUUGGUUAAGACGCGAUGCAGAUACAGUCAACACAUCAACCGAAGACUCCGUAGAUGUCCCGUAUUGAGUCCAAUGCCAUUCUGCUGGACUCAAUAGUCCAACAAUGUUGUUGUUAUUGUAUUGGAUACAGUGUGCACUGUGUACAACGUAAGGACAAAAGGAUCUACAACUUAAAAUCGCUACACUGGCAAUUGCAACUUGAACUCCGCACCCAGGUACAUCUGAUGCAAAAGGGAUUUUUUUUUUUUUUGCGGAAUCUGUAACAUUACGAGUAAAUGGGACGUCUUUAAAUUUAAAUAAACACAGUCGCACUUCCAAGUAAAACUAACUGGGAGACCAAAACUAUAAUCUAGAGAGGUGUACAAUACUAUAGACUGAAAACAUAGCCUUAUUUGGGUUUCGGUUUGACUGUGACAGCUGCAGUACCAAAGCGAAGAAAAUUGAACUGAGGAUCUCGUAAGAAUGAUUUAAGGCUUCAGCACUGCUGCCUGAAACUAAAGCAACAAACACUUAAACUGGGCUGUUCUGUUAAAGGGUGAGUCGCAGCGUGUUUCAGAGCAAGCGUGGUUGAAUACAGAGGUGUUUUGAAGUGGGAUACUAAGGCACCUCACCGUGAAACUGCUGCUCCCCAUUCACCCUGAUAAUACCAGCGACUUCCACUCUCGAACCCUCAAAUAGGAAGAGUUUUUAUAAACUUUUGUAUUAGUAUAAAAUUCUGGGUGCAGUAAUACAUAUACUUAUUGUUGAAACUUAGCAAACUCACACUGUUAAAUAAAAUAAUAAAACCGCUCAAGAAGUGAAUGUUGAGGGUUUGUGAGUGUUGAACUACAGGUCUUUGUACGCGUUAGCUUCAUGCACCAAAGGAUUCUCUGCACUGAAUGUUUGCAAAGAUCUCUCAGAGGAGUGUUAAAUAAUUGAUCUCAUUGUAUGAGGACUGACACAUCGAAUUACUUUUUAUAGAAGUAUGAACUUAACGAGGGUACAAAUAAAACCACUCGACUAUAUUUAGUUGCACAGCUUUUUUUGGAGCUGGGAUAACCACGAUAGUUCACACACCAUGGACUGUUCAUACAGGGUACGCUUGUAGGAGGGUUUUCUGUAGCCCUAGCGCAGAAGCCAUGGACAUUCCUCAACAGGAGCAAGCUGAGCUGGAUGACAUCCUCCAGAGGCUGAGGGAGGAUGGGCAGGAGCCCGGGGCCACGGCGGACGAGCGGCUGCGUCACCUGUGGCGUCUGUACCUGCGCAGCGAGGGCAGCCUGCGCGCCCUCACUCAGGACCUGGAGGAGGUGCGCUCGCAACAGGUAGCAGAGAUGAAAGAGGUGGAGAACUAUGUGGAUCACAUCCACAACCUGUCUGAGGAGCGCGAGGCCCUGACCGCUGAGUAUGAGCGAGAGAACGAGCAGCUCCGUGGGGAACUGCAGCAGCUGAGGCUCGAGCAAGAGGCCCAUCUGAAGGAGGUGGAGGAGAUGCUGGAUCAGGAGGGCCUGGCUGAGAUCUCCCACAGCAGCCCCAGUGAGCAGAUCGCCUACCUGCUGGUGGAGAGAUCCACGCUUCUGGAGAAGCUGGAGAGCGCGGAGAGGAAGCUGGACUCCCAGAGCUACACAGGCAGCCUGCGGGAGGUACAUCUGCAGGAGGAGCUGGACCAGAUUCGACAGACACUUGAAGAGGAGCUUCGGCAGCAGAGAGAGUCCAUGCAGCGCACCAAAGAGACCAUGAACAAGGACCCCCUGUCCCCAGCCACGAGCUCCUGGAAGAAGCUGUUUGGAGUCCAUACGGCAGCACAGGGUGCCCAUGCUGGUGCUUCAACCCACGAUGCCGAGCUGUCGAGUGAGCGGCGGCGGCGGGAGUGUGCGGAGCGGGAUCUGGACGAAGCGUCUCGCCGGCUCUCCAUGGCGCACGAGGAGAUCCGCAGGCUGACCGACGAGCUGGACAUCUCCAGGAAGGCAAGCAGCGACCCGGAGCUGCAGAGAGCACGUCAGGAGGUGGAGCAGCUGCGAGUGGAAGUAGAGGAGCUGAAGGAGAGCGACCUCCUGGAGCUGCAGAGGGUCAAGGAGCACAACGUGAGGCUGGAUAAAGAGAUCCUGUCUCUGCGGAGCCGCGUGCGCUCGCUGGACUCGGAGAGGAAGACCCUGCUCCAGACGGUGGAAAAACUGAAGGAGGAGGUGCAGCAAAACCAGGUCAGAGAGACUGUGUCAGAGCUUGAGUCUGUGCCUCUACAGCUGGACCAGACUGAACCCAAACUCCUCAGCCAGGAUCGUGCCACUGCUUCCCUGACACAGGCAGCGUGUGCUGGAGACACAGAGAACGAUGCCCACCAGCAAAUCCAUGAGAGGUGUCGUCAGGAGCUGCAGGACCGGGGCUGCCAGGUUCAGGAGCUGCGCAGGAAGCUGCUCAAGCUGCAGAGAGAGCAUGAGGAGCUGGGGGAGCGCAACGAGGAGCUGGAGUCCAUCCUGGGAGAGACACAGAACCGAACCAAAGAGGAGAGGGAGCGAUUCGAGAGCGAGACUGAGGGGCUGCACAGGAAGAUCACAGGGCUGGAUGCAGAGCUGUCCAGACUGCGUAAGAAACAGCAGCAAUGGGAGGGGAAGGGUGUGGCUGUGCCCAGCUCUGAGAUGAGUGAUGCAGAGCAGGCCCUGCAGCAGCAGCUGAAGAGCAGCCGAGAUAGGGAGGCGGUGUUGGAGGGGUGUCUGACGGAGGAGAAGGAGUGGAGGAAGCAGCUGGAGGCGGAUCUGAGUGCUGCACAGAGCGCGCUGAAGAAGAGCAAGGAGGAGCUGCAGCGGUGUGGGGCAGAGAUGCAGAGUCUCCGUGCCUCAGUGGAGGAGAGCAGCGCCCUGAAUGCCAGCCUCACCCAGGCCCGGGAGGAGAAGACCCUGCUGGAGAGGAAGGUUUGUGAGCUGGAGCUGAGUGCAAAGCGGCUGGAGGGAGACGUGGAGCAGCACAGGGCAGCAUGCAGCCAGGCCAAGGAGGAGCUGAGGAAGUGCAGGGAGAGGGAGGCAGAGCUGAGAGGAGAGCUGCACAGAGCGGAGGGGGAACACAGCACAUUACGGGGGGAGGUGCUGGAGAGCCGUGCCCAGGGGGCCUCCCCGCAGCAGCGGCUGAGCGAGAGUGUGCAUGAGCGGCUGGGCCUGGAGCUGCAGAGCCACAGACUGAGGCAGGGGACAGGGAGGGAGGCCAACCCAGAACAGCCCCAGCACAGGCCCUCCCACAGAGUUACGGGGAAGGGAGUCAACCAGUCCCAGGAGAGCCUGCUCCAGCAGAUGGGGGAGGAGUGUCGGCAGCUGAAGCAGGACCUGCAGAGAACGCAGAACCUGUUCUCCUCGGCGGAGAGAGAACUGCGAUACGAGAGAGAGAAGAACCUGGACCAGAAGAGACACGGUGCUCUGCUUGAGCAGGAGAACACCAAGGUGAAAGCUGAGCUGAAGCAGGCGCAGUCACGGCUGGCAGGUGUGGAGCAGGCCAGCGCGUCUCUGAGCGCGGAGUUGGAGAGCAGCCAGCAGAGAGGCCGGGAGCUGGACCUGGAGCUGCUGCACAGGACUGAGAGCGGCCGAGUCCAGCGCAGCCUGCAGGAGGAGCUGAGGGCAGAGAGCUCCCGCCUCCUCAGCGCAGACAAGAAGGUCCGGGAGCUCCAGCAGCAGCUGAAGGGAGCUCAGCACCAGCUGCGCCUAGCAGAGACCCGGGUGCAGGAGAUGGAGCAGCUGCAAAGAGAGGCUCGAGACAGCACAGAGAGCCUGGCUACGCUGAGAGGCAGACUGCAGGAGGAGCAGCUCUGCAGGAAGCUGCUGGAGCAGAAGGGGGAGGAGCUGCAGCAGCAGCUGCGCUUGCUGAGGGAGAAGGAGGCGUCUCUGAACCGCAGCAACACCGAGCUGAACCACUGUCUGCACCAGCAGGGGGCACGCUUGAGCGUGCUGGAGGAGGAGCACAGCACAGUAACAGAUGAGCACCAGCACAGCCAGAAGACCAAUCAGAAUCUGUCUGACCAGCUGUUGUCCUGCCAACAUGAGUCAGAGAGACUCCAGGAGGAGCUCCGGCGGGUUCUGCACCAGCUGGACUCACAUGUCAGGCGGUACAGCGAGAAGCAGGCCAGGCACAAGGCGAAGCUCCGGCGAGCAAAGGAGUUUUUCCUGAGAGAGACCGUGGAGAGAGACGGCAGGAUCAGGAAGCUGGAGAAGGAUCUGAUGCUGGCGAGGAGCCUGACCGAGAAGGAACAGGAAUGGAUUAGGAAAGUGACAGAUGUGAAUGAGAAACUUCUGGUGGAGAAACGGGAGCUGUUGAGACGUCUGAGCGAGGAGGAGGAGGUGGGGCAGACCUGCAUUCGCACCAUCUCCACCAGACAACACAGGUUGAACUGCCUGGAGGAAGAGAACAGGCAGCUCCAGGAUAGAACCCUGCGGCUGUCCAAUCAGGUCGGAGCGUUGGAGCGCGCUCUGAGGAGCGUCCAGUCUGUCUGCAGUAUGGAGGAGCUCAAAAAAGCCUUUCCCACCGAGAGCCUGCUGCUGAACGGCAGCCUUCUGCAGCCCAGCAACCCCAGUCUGACGGCAGGGAUGUGUGACACUCUGGGGAUCCUGGAUGCGAUCUGCAGGGUGAAGGCCAGCGAGCCACCUGAGAGCCUCAAGUCCUCCUUCUCCACCCCCCGCUCCCAGCCCUCUGACAUUGGAUACCUGAACCUGAGCUCCCCCGCAGCCAGGCCAGGCUCCCAGGACCCAGACGAGAGCCAGAGCCUGGGCAGCGACGAGGUGUGAGCCCCCUGGAGGGACAGCUGCCCCGGGUACUAGGGACCAGGAGGGACACAGGGCAGGCAAGAGGGACCAGGAGGGGCACAACAGGCAGGCAGGAGGGACCAGGAGGGACACAAGGCUGGCAGGAGGGAAACAGGGCAGACAAGAGGGACCAGGAGGGACACAGGGCUGGCAGGAGGGACCAGGAGGGGCACAACGGGCAGACAGGAGGGGCACCAGGCAGGCAGGCCUAUCUCUCCCAGGCCUUCUCAACUCCAGGCUGAAAAUCGGCAACCCUGGACUGGAAACAAAGCUGAUAGGAGCCAAGCCAGUGGUCAGUUACUUGAGUUUCACUUCCACGACAAUCUGCCCCAGACUAGUUAGUGUUGAGAGAAAUCAUGUCAUUGUAAUGAGCCAGUCCAGCUAAAGGAAUUAGUAAAGAGAUGCUUGCUGUAUAAAAACUGUAUGCAAUGUAGGAGACUCUACUAUGUAUAAUCAAACUGACAUAACCGUCGGCAAAGCAGCAAAUCAGCAGAACACACCAGGCGUGCCCAGAAUAACUCCUGCCUCUUAGACAGGUGUUAUAUUUAAAUGAUCAUGAUGAGAAAUUCAGCGUCUGUUUCUAUUUUUUUAAAUGUUGUGACAAUCCGUGUGACUCCCAGUGUUUGCACAGGGAGUCAUUUCCAUUGGACUAAACUAAAGCACUUUCAGCAGACAGGAGAAACUGCCUGCCCAGGUUUACAAGUAUUGAGAAGAAAACUUCAACAAAUAGGAAUCCUAGAACACAGACACAGGAUUUAGAGCAGAGCUUUAUUUAAGGAUCUGUUAUUAAUCAAGUGAUUAACAGUCCAAUAUUAUGACUAAUUAGAAAGGCUGUAUCAGCCCUGUAAAAACAAGAUAAGAAGCAUUAUGACAUGAGACUAUCUGUGGUAAUCAUCUUUCAUACCUUGUUAAUAUCUUCGUUGAUCAUGUUUAUAGAUGCUUUUUAAUAGAUCCUUUUUUUACAAUGAGAAGUGUUCUUUAUUUUCAUAUCACAAAACUGCCGAUUAUCAGAUUUCAUCCCAUCAUGAACUGCUGCCACUGCUUCUCCUGUAUGUAUUCAUAACUUGCUUGUGUUUUUGGACUGUUGCCCCAGUCAGCGGUACAGUACAAUACCGGUACAGCACUGUGUGCUGAGUGCACUACAUGCGGUCUGGUGUGCUCCAUUGUAACAAGGGUACAUUUCAGAUAUGGUAAAUAGGAAACAGAAAAACUCCCAUGAAAUACAAUGAAACCCGCCUAAUAUCGCUCCUGUUAAUGCCACCCUCUGUGUAUUAUCACCCCGUUGAAAUGCCCCCACUAGAAUAUAAGGUGAGUCAGUGGGGACAGGCUCCUGAUAACAAUAGGCCAGUUUUUGCAUGUUGCUUUGUUUCACGUGAAUGGACAAUGCGCGUGAAACUUGGCAGGGAAAGCUUGUGAAAAUGUCCCAAAAAAUAUUUUGCCAUGACAGUCUCAAUAACUUGUGAGAUUCCAGGAAAUGCUUGUGAAAUCAACGCCCACUUAAGAACAUAAGAAAGUUUACAAAAGAAAGUUUACAAACACGAGUUUCUUGUGAAAAUGUUAAUUAGCUCGUUCAAGUCCUUUCCAAAAGCCGCUAUAAAGUCACAUGGGAAUAUGUAAGUUACCAUGGUCCAAAGAUAGCAGCAGGGAAGCUAAUGUUUUGUUUGCAGUAUUACACUUAUCAGAUUGAUGUUGCAAAUAACCCCACUUUUUUUCUCUGUGUUCCCUAGAACUUAUCAUAAUGCUAAUCAUACAUGGAUCUAAAUGUGUUUGCAAAGUGUCAUACAGAUUAUAUUUACCAAGUUUCUGUUUCAAAGAUGUUUGAUAAACUGCAUCAUGGGUUUGUGAAUUCACAUGGUUACAGCUACUGUAACACCUCCCCAGUCACGUAAGCAUACAAACGCACCACAAACCUGCCUUUAAUUCCAAAAUAAUCACAAGAUGUAGCAAGUGUUGAUUGUAAAAGUACUAAUGUAGCCUGACUACGCCAGUUCAGUGCGACAAGGCACCGAACAAAUUACAGAAGAUCCUUUAGGUUUUUUUAUUCAGAUAACGGAUCCAAAAAUGUAGGAACAAGGUCACCAAGAAAAUCACACAGAUACAUUUUAACAAGUGUUUGUUUAUUGUAAACUUCCAAUAGCAACGCCUAGUUUCAAAUGGUACUGAUGUAUAACAACCAUUCCAUUCACCUAUUAACAGGUGGCAAGAUUUCAAGCAGUUAAACAAGGUUCACAUGAAUGAGGUCAUGGAUUAAAGUGCAAAUGCAACACCGCUGCUACCCAACAAUAAAGUGGAGACACAUUCAGAGACACAGUAAAACUGUCAUAAUACCACGGUACAAAAGUACAAAUACCCACACCACACACACACACACAAUGUCCGUGCAGGGGAGGGAACACACAGAGAGAGCGAGAGAGAAACCAGCAUCACAAUAUAGCCUAUUCUGUGCACUUCUUAAACUCCAAUCGGCUACCAAAUAGGCUAAAACACUCGGGCCGUUCGCGCUCAUUAUUCAACACCGGCAUACCAUCAGGCCAAUACUUAUUGUCGGGAUGCUCCAUUUACUGGUCCAUCUCCGUCUCUCUCACUCGUCGGUCCCCCCUCCUGCACAGACACACAAACCCCAGGAUGGCCAUCCCGUUUGUAAAAACAUGUGCUAUUUAUAUUCAGGUGUGUAAAUUGAUCAAUAAUUCAAUUACUAGGUACUCAACAGGGCAAACCUAGAGAAGCGGGUGGAGAAGUCAACAUAACGUGAUACAAAUCAAUUAUCAAAAAGUGUCAGACAACACAAAACGUGCACUAAUCAAAUCAAAAAUAAUUUUAUAAAAAUAAUAACAUGCAAGUGUAAAAUAAAUUUGAACAGGGCAUUCUUGACCCUGUUACACUACUGUACAGUACUUCAGAAUACACUUGCAAAUAGCUUUCCAAACAACUGUCAAAACAACUUUAUGUAAUCUACUACUAAGUACUAUGUUUAAAUGUGUAUAACUAUAGCAAUUUCUCCUAGUUCUGUCUGAGCAAAACCCGUGUCCAUCCUCCACUUACGUCCGUUGGAGCGAUGAAGAGACUCGGGUGUUAAUAUCCACAAGGGAAGGGGAUAUGAUGAGGCAGCUUGAUACAGUGCACAACACAAACACUCUCAAAAUAAAAUGUGGUGUGGAAUUUUUGUAACUUUUGGGAAUCAACAAUACUACUCAAUAUUCCAAUUCUUUAUUUAGCAGAAGCAAUCAUACAAGUACAGCACAAAUUAGGAUGAUGUAUUUGGUAUAACAAGAUACAAAAUAAGCCAAUGAAACACAAAUGUGAUACAAAAUAAAGGUACACCGUCUGGUUACAAAAAUAAAGAUAGCUGUGCAUCUCUAAUAGCAGGACCCUCUUCAUAUCGCUGUUGUACAAUUCUUGCUGGAGGCUGAGGUAUGCUUCAGCCUCCAGCAAGAAUUGUGCUUCAGUAGUAUCCGCCACCUCCCUUUCAAUAGCCCAAACACCUGUUCAACCACCACUCGGAUUUGGCCUACUGAAUAAUGUUACGUUAACAUAUUGAAUUAAAUACCGCUUUGUAGUUUUCCCAUAUACUUAAUGAAAAACUAACAAAAAUAAAGGGAAGCACAGAUGCUGCAGGGUAGGUUAUUGUGCAGCUGAACAGAGAAAGAAGUAAUUGAGACUAAUUCAAACUUUGCUGUCUCUCUCUAACUGGUGAGCAGAAAAGAAAAAAAUGUGAUGAGAAAAUAAUCCACUUGUUAAAGAUGAAUAUAGUAUUUCCACUCUAGUAGGCUGUCUGGUAUUUCUGAUUUCCUUCUGUUUAUUGCGGCUCUUUAUCUAGUCUUGUGUUUUGAUUAAAAGCGUGUGCACAAGGCAAGAGUCUUACAGUAACCGAGGGAUGCAAUUGCUUGAUCAUCAUUAAUAAAUGAUUGAAAAACUUUUAGAUGGUGUUUUUUUUUUUUUAAUAAUAGAUGAAUCAUCACCCUUGUGCGUUCCAGGCUGUCUCCAGUCAUCCUGCCGCCACCACAGUGAACCCAUUAUCAGUGCGGGCUAUUGCUCAGCUUAGAAAUAUCCUCUAAAUGAUAUUAAAACAAGCCCACAAUAAAACACAAGUAGAGACUGGAGUAGGGAGUUGAAAUAAAAAAAAUGUGUUCUAGAAAGUUCUAGAAAUGCGUUCGAGUCCAUCUGUGCCCUUGCCCUGUAAAAACCUGUACUGCUUGUAUAAUUUGUUUCUGUGCUGUUUAUCUAACUUGUUUUCGUACUGCUCAACUAACUUGUUUUUGUAUCGCUUAUCUAUCUUGUUUGUCUCAGAAUGUUAUGGGAAAAGGGAUAGCUUACAGGAAUAAUUCACAGGGCGAGCCUCGAGAGAGUGAUCUGGCCAAUUACUCUCUCGCACGCGGAAGCCUAACUUGGUAAGCUAUAAAGGACGGGUCCCCCCCCCCUCCCCUGUGUGUGCGUGCAGAAAGGAGGUUGUGAUCUAAACAGUAUAUUUGAAUGUGCCUUGACUGAUGCAAUGGAAGUACCAUUGGGACAGCACGUGUUCAUCAUUAAAGUUAUCUUGGGUGUCAUAUAAAAUAUCUUACUAAC